CUAAAAUACUGCAUUUUGUCAAUGACUUAUCUUUUUGAAGGAUAUAUGCUUUCAGCCUGCAUCAAAACUUAUACCCUAUGCUAAGAGUUUACAAGAAUUUUAUUUUACAGCAAACAUCAAAUCAAAUGCAAACAGAUUCAUUAUCUUCAUCCCCUAAUCCUGUGUCACCUGUGCCGUUGAAUAACCCAACAAGUGCCCCAAGAUAUGGAACAGUGAUCCCUAAUCGCAUCUUCGUAGGAGGCAUUGACUUUAAGACAAAUGAAAAUGAUUUAAGAAAAUUUUUUUCCCAAUAUGGGUCUGUAAAAGAAGUGAAGAUUGUAAAUGACAGAGCCGGAGUGUCCAAAGGGUAUGGUUUCGUCACUUUUGAAACACAAGAAGACGCACAAAAAAUUUUACAAGAGGCUGAAAAACUUAAUUAUAAGGAUAAGAAACUGAACAUUGGUCCAGCAAUAAGAAAACAACAAGUAGGGAUCCCUCGUUCUAGUGUUAUGCCAGCAGCUGGAACAAUGUAUCUAACAACUUCAACUGGAUAUCCUUACACUUACCAUAAUGGUGUUGCUUAUUUUCAAACUCCAGAGGUAACUUCUGUUCCACCACCUUGGCCUUCACGUUCUAUAUCUAGUUCCCCUGUGAUGGUAGCUCAGCCUGUCUAUCAGCAACCUGCAUAUCACUACCAGGCCCCUGCACAGUGUCUACCAGGACAGUGGCAGUGGGGUGUUCCUCAGUCUCCUGCCUCUUCUGCUCCGUUCUUAUACCUGCAACCUUCAGAGGUUAUUUAUCAACCAGUGGAAAUUGCACAAGACAGUGGAUGUGUUCCUCCUCCGCUGUCUCUGAUGGAAGCUUCAGUUUCAGAGCCUUAUUCUGAUCAUGGAGUUCAAGCAACAUACCACCAGGUUUAUGCUCCAAGUGCCAUUGCUAUGCCUGCACCUGUGAUGCAGCCCGAACCGAUCAAAACAGUGUGGAGCAUUCAUUAUUAAGACAAUUGGGCAGCUCUAGUCCAGCUCAACUGAUUUCUUAUCCAACGAUCCUUGUGUGGCCGAGAUCCAGCUUCAACGAACCGGCUAGAAGCUGCCCGUUGUGAAACUUAGGGUUAGUUAAUACCUCGCCAUACUUAUUUAUUCCACUAUAAGCUGUCUAAAUUUGAUGAAAUUCGCUUUUUCAGCUGUUCUAGAAAAUUAUUUAGGUAGAUGUGGCAUGUUGGUGUUUUAAUGUGUUAAUCUAACUGUAGUGCCGUUUUCUACAACAUGUUUUAUCCAUUCCAUAAAUAAUAACCACAUUGGGAAUAGUGAGGUGUCUUUCAUUUUCUCCGCUUUGUGUGAUUUCUUUUUCUAUCAGUCUUUUAGAAGUUAUGUUUCAUAUUCUUUGUUAUUUAUUUUAAUAUUUAGGAUAAGAGUCAUUUCUAGUUCUAAUAGAAUUUUUAAUACUUUCUUGCCCUUUAGUAUAUAUUAUGUUUAAUCUUAGUGAUUCAGUUCUACUACUUUGCUAUUUUGUCAUUUUUUGUCUAAUUUUUUAUUUAUGUGUUAACUGCUAUUCCUCAUUUACUCUUGCUUCUACAUUGGUUUUCAGAACUUGAAUAGUAUUUAUACUUCUUUAUAACAUUUUCCAAACAUUAGAAAUAGAAAUACUAUCAACAUAAUCAGUAUUCUUGCCUUUUCAUGUGAUUAAUUUCACUAUAUUAAAUUUUAUUCUCUAAUAUUGAUGUAGCUUACCUAUAAGCCAUUUGGUACCAAAUUUUAUAUAAUAUGGGUCACCUAGUAGAAUUGUUUUGUUAUAAGAAAGGCUCACCUCUGCCAUGAUCCCAUAACACUGACUGGUAUUCUACUGUAUUUUGGUGUUCUAUGAAUGCUUUAACCUUUUGACCUUUUCAUCUUAUAUUUUACCGAUAUAUUUAAUUAUAUAUGUUAUCAAUUCUUAAGAGGACAAUUAAUUAUUUCCAUAAAAAGCAAAACUAUUUCUAUACCAAAGGAAAACUUUAAAUUCUUAUUCUAAAGCCAGUUCUUACUAUAAAAUUGGAAAAUAGGUGGGGAAAGAAAAGCUGUUGUUCAAAAGUUACAGAACAAAUCAUAAGUGUUUUUAUCACUAAAAUUUAUUUGUAGUAUGAAAAAAUCCUUCAAUCCAUUUGCAACUCUUUCACUAACCUCCUAAUUUUAGGAGAGAUGGAGAAAACCCAUAAAUAUUGGCAUGACCUUAAUAAAUCUAUAUCUUUCUUCUCUUAUUCUAUCCCCAAAUAUAUUCCAUGUUUAGCAGCAGCAGAAAUAAUAAGACUUGGACCCCAGAGUUUUUCCUGGUGAGUCUGGGUGUUUCUUCUGAAACCAUAGUGAAUAUGCUUGCUAGUCAAAUGGUUUCUUAAGAACAGUAGGACCAUAUGAAUAUACACUAGCAUAUGAGGGUCCCAUGUACAUUAAUUAUUCUCAGUUUUUAGAAAUGUAAAAAGACUAAUUAAAAGGCCCACAAUGAAAUUUCAGAAGUUUUUGUUCUGUAAGUAAAAUUAUUAACCUCUGACAUUAGAGAUCUUCUUUUAAUAGUACUAUCCUUGAGGACAAAAAAGUUAAAUGUUUUGAUUUUCAAAAUGUUAAACGUGAUGCUAAACAAAUCCCGGCCCUGUUAAUAAAAAUUAAUGAUGUAUUGUUGGAUAA